AUGGAAGAGAGUGGGGAGGGGGAAGGGAUGUGGGAGAUAGAGGAGGUGGGGUCGGCCGGCGGCGGGGAGUCGCGGCGGCGCGAGUUGCAGGGCGGCGGUGGCGGGGAGGGUGGCAGCGAUUUGUACGUUGCGGUGGGGAAGGGGAGCUCUAGCAUGGGGGCCCUUUCAUGGGCGCUGAAGCACGUUGCCAAGCCCAAGGACUUCGUCUACCUGAUACAUGUCUACCCGGAGGUCCGGAACAUUCCUACGCCCUGUAAGCUGGUUCCCUGUCUGUCUGUCUCUCUCUCUCUCUCUCUCUCUCUCGCUCGCUCUUUGCAUCUAUCUUACCCUAAGAUCUACUCUGAUCUCUCUGUCUCUCUCUUGCGUUGUUUCUCUGUCCAACAUCUCUCUUCUCCAGCUAUCUAUCUCUUCUCCUGUAUCUCUUUCUAUCUAUCUCCAAACUCUCUCUCUCUCUCUCUCUCUCUCCCUGUAUCUCUUUCUACCUUUCAACCUCGGGCUCCUCCAUACUUUCCUUCCUUUCUCUCUCUCUCUCUAAAACUAUCUAUCUAGUUAGAAAUCUCAAAGCUCAGCCUUUCUUGUCUCUCUAUACUCGUCUCCUUCCGUCUGUAAUGUAUCCAUCUCUCUCUCUCUCUUCUUCUCUCUCCCCCAAUGUCUGGCCAUCGCGAGAUCUCCUUUUCAACCUCAAACUCCUCCAUCCCUUCCUUCCCCUUCUCUCUUUCUCUCUCUCUCUCUCUCUCUCUCUACAAUUCCUAUCCACCUAUCUAUCUAUCCAAUUACAAAUCUCAAAGCUCAGGCCUUUUCUGUCUCUCUAUACUACUCUCCUUCCGUCGGUAAUGUCUCCAUUUCUCUCUCUAACUGGGGGAUUGGGGUUGCAGUGGGGAUGCUUCCGAGGAACCAGGUGACGCCGGAGCAGGUGGAGAGCUACAUGAGCCUAGAGAGAAGCAAGAGGAUACAACUGCUUCAGCCAUUCUUAAAGCUCGGCGAUGCCUCGAAGGUAACCAGAUCCCUUCCUUUGUGUUGUCGAUAAAUUCCAACAAACCAUGUGAAUUCCGCUCUUGCGGAAAGUAAAUGCCAUUUUUUCACAAUUUCCCACGCAGUCCCCGGAAAUGCAUUUUUACAGAUACGUCCUUUAAAAAAGUAGCUGUGAGCACACCCCCGGAACAUCUAUUAUCAAAGGUAGCAAAACUCUUUAUCACAGGUUAACCCUCCCCAUAUGGGGUGUUUAUUGAAGGGUUAAACACGGAAGUUUUAUAAAAAUGGAGAGCAUGAUUGAAAUUCUUCAAGAUUUGGGAGGCUAUAAUUGAAGUUGCUUAUUAUCUCAUGUAGGCAAGGGUGUGUUAUGGGAGAUAUUUCAUCAAUUGCCCAAAAAAACUCAUAGUUUAUAUCAUGAAUGUGACGAAUUCAAUAUUUAACAAUAGCUAGAUAGAGAUAUAUAUAUAUAUAUAUAUAUAUAUAUAUUGAUAUAGAGAAAAAUAGAGAUAUACAGCUUCUUUUGGGUAUUACUUAAAAUUUAAUACAAAGAUUUAUUUUUAUUUUUUUCUAUGGGAUGGAUUUCCAUAUGGAUCAGUUUUGUUCUUCUAUGGGAUGGGUUUCCAUAUGGAUCAAUCAACUAUAUCAUUCAACAAAAGAAGGGUAGAAGAUAGAAAGAAAGAGAUGAAGAUAGAGAGUGAGCAUGUGAAGUUUCUUAUUGAGUAUUAGUUCAAAUUCAGUGAUGGGUUGCACACUUGAAUUUAAUUUCACUCUUUAUGGGAUGGGUUUCCAUAUGGAUCAAUCAACUAUAUGAUUCAACAAAAAAAGUGUAGAAGAAAGAGAGAGAGAGAGAGAGAGAGAGAGAGAGAGAGAGAGAGAGAGAGAGAGAGAGAGAAAAGAGAGCGUGUGUCCAGAUCAAAUUCAAAUUGAGUAUUAGUUCAAAUUCAAUACCAGGUCACAUGGUUGAAUUGAUUUUUUCUUUUUCUUUUUUGAGAUGGGUUUUUCUUAUGGACCAAUUAACUAUGUGAUUCAAGGAAAAAAAGGUGAAAGAGAGGGAGGGAGGGAGAGACAAAGUAGAGAGAGAUAAUGUGCAAGUUUUUAUAGGUAUUAGUUCAAAUUCAAUGUCAAGUGGCAUACUUGAAUUAAAUUUUUUUCUUAUAUGGGAUGGGUCCAUAUAGAUCGAUCAACUAAAUAAUUCAACUAAAAUAGGGUAGACAAGACAAAGAGAGAGGGGGAGAUAGUGACAAUGUGAGAGAUUAUGUGUCUUGGCUCUUAUUCUAAAUCCACUGAUGGGUUGCACACGUCUAAUUUUAUUCUUCUAUGAGAUGAGUUUCUAUAUGGAUCAAUCAACUAUAUAAUUCAACUAAAAAAGUGGAGGGGAGAGAGAGAGCGAGAAAAGAGUGUGUGUGUGUGUGCGCACAUUUUUUUUAUUAGAUAUUAUUUCAAAUUCAAUGUUGGGUUGCACACUUGAAUUGGAUUUUGUUCUUAUAUGGGAUGGUUUCAUAUAGAUCAAUGAAAUAAAUUAUUUAAAAAAUGAUAGAAGAGAGAGAGAGAGAGAGAGAGAGAGAGAGAGAGAGAGAGAGAGAGAGGGAGAGACAAAGAAAGCAAGAUCGUAAAAGUUAUUAUUAGUUCAUAUUUAAUAUAAGGUGGCACACUUGAAUUUAAUUUAUUCUUUUUGGGAUAGGUUUCCAUAUGGAGGCAUUCAACUAAAUGACUCUGGGAUAAAAGGGUUAGAGAGAGAGUACAUGUUCUUAUUAGUUAUAAGUUAAAGCAAAAUGCCAUGGUGCACACUUGAAUUGAAUUUUGUUUUUCUAUGGGAUGGGUUUUUGUAUGGAUCAAUCAACUAUAUGAUUCAACAAAAAAAAGCAGAAAAGAGAAAGAAAGAGAUAGAUAUAUAGAUAGAUAGGUAGAUAGAUAGAGAGAGAGAGACAUGGAGAGAGAGAGAGUAGGUUCUUCUUAGGUAUUAGUUCAUUCAAUAUUGGGUUGCACACUUGAAUUGAGUUUCGUUCUUCUUUGAGAUGGGUUUACUUAUGGAUCAAUUCUCUAUAUGAUUUAAGAAAAAAAUGCAAAAGAGAGAGAGAGUGAGAGAGGUAGAGACAAAUACAGAGUGUGUCAGUUCUUUUUGGGUAUUACUUCAAAUUCAAUAACAUGUUGUACACUUGAAUUGAAUUAUUUUCCUCCAUGAAUUGGCUUCCAUAUGGACCAAUUAAUUUUAGAAUUUAACUAAAAAAUUCAGGAGAGAGAGAGAGAGAGAGAGAGAGAGAGAGAGAGAGAGAGAGAGAGAAUGUGUUUGUGCAUGUUCUUGUUAGGUAUUAGUUCAAAUUCUAUGCUGGGUUGCACACUUGAAUUGAAUUUUUUUUUUAGAUGGGUUUCCUUAUGGAUCAAUCAACUAUAUGACUUGAGGAAAAAGUCUAGAAGAGAUAAAAAGAAAGAUAAAGAGAGAUAGAGACAAAGAGAUAGUGUGUAUGCAUGUUCUUAUUGGGUGUUGGUUAAAAUUUAAUGCCAAGUUGCACAUUUGAAUUAAAUUUUGUUCUUUUAUGUGAUGGGUUUUUAUAUGGAUCAAUCAACUAUAUGAUUCAAUGAAAAAAAGGUUGAGAAGAGAGAGAGAGAGAGAGAGAGAGAGAGAGAGAGAGAGAGAGAGAGAGAGAGGGUUAUUAUUGCUUAUUAGUUCAUGUUCAGUGUCAAGUGGUACACUUCAAUUUUUAUUUUUUUUAUGUAAUGGGUUUCAAUAUUGAUCAGUCAACCAUCUAAUUUAAGGAAAGUGGAGGCGAGACAGAUAGACAAACAGAUAGACAGACAGACAAACAACUAGAUAGACAAACAGAGAGAGACAAAGAUGGAGACAGAGAGAGAGUAGGCUCUUAUUGGUUAUUAGUUCAUGUUCAAUGCUAGGUGGCAUACUUUAAUUAAUUCUUUCUUUUAGAUGUAAUGGGUCUCAUAUUGAUCAAUCAUCUAAUUCGAGGAAAGAAAGGGAGAAGAGGAGUGAGAUAAGGAGAUGGAAGGAGUGCAUUCUUAUAUCUUAUUAGGUAUUAGUUCCAAAUUCAAUAUGGGGUUGCACACUUGAAUUGAGUUUCGUUCUUCUAUGAGAUGGAUUUCUAUAUGGAUCAAUUCUUUAUAUGAUUUAAGAAAGUAACUACAAAAGAAGGGGAGAGAGAGAGAGAGAGAGAGAGAGAGAGGUAGAGACAAAUACAGAGUGUGCUAGUUCUUUUUGAGUAUUAUUUCAAAUUCAAUAACAUGUUGUACACUUGAAUUGAAUUACUUUCCUCUAUGGGACAAGUUUUCAUAUGGACCAAUUAAUUUUAUAGUUCAACUAAAAAAGGAAUAGAGAGAGAGAGUACGUUCUUAUUUCUUGUUAGUUCAUGGUCAAUGCCAGAUGGCACACAAAUUAAAAUUUCUUUUCUUAUGUAAUGAGUUUUCAUUUGGAUCAAUCAGCUGUAGGAUUCCAAAAAAAGCUGGCAGGAGAGAGGGAGAGAGCAGGCUUUUAUUGGCUAUUAGUUCAAGUUCAAUGCUCAGUGGCACACUCGAUUUGAAUUUUAUUUUUUUAUGUGAUGGGUUUCCAUACAGAUCAAUCAAUUGUAUGAUUCAAGGAAAAAAGGGCAAGAGAGAGAGAGAGUAGGUUUUUAUUGGUUAUUAGUUCAAGUUUAAUGCCAGGUACCACACUUGAAUUGAAUUUUGUUUUUCUAUGUGAUAUCCAUAUGGAUCAGUCAAUUGUAUGAUUCAAGGAAAAAAGGCAGGAGAGAGAGAGAGAGAGAGAGAGAGGGUGAGUGAGAGAGAGAGAGAGAGAGUGAGUGAGAGAGAGAGAGACAUGUUUAAAGUAGUCAUUCUUCUGCAAGCAGAAUCUUUAUUGAGUUUUAACUUCCGUCAACAGGUGAUUAUGGAUACACUAUUGAUCGAGAGUGAUCUAAUUGCCAACGCCAUCGUUGAACUCAUUCCGGUCCUCCACAUCCGAAGACUGUUCAUGGGGAUUUCGAAAUCCAACAUCAGGUACUAUUGCUCCCCAUUUUCUGUCUUUAUUCUUUUUCAUCAUCUACAAUACGCGAUAUUCAUUUUUAGUUCUUGGCCCUCAGCCUUCACUUAUCUCUACAUUAUUUCUCUGCGGCAAUGUCUCUAAAACCAACCCAUCUGUAGCCCCCGUAGGGCCCUCCAUCAGACUCCAUUACCAUGACUAGAACUGAUUGGGAUGCGUAGUACCCCCGGCACCUCCAUAACAGAUACCAGGGGAGGGAAGGACGGAGAGCUGCGGCUGCGGAUCUCUAAUGAGGGGUGAAUGGAAGGGGGUGGGAGGUUUGAAUGGCCGAGGAACGAGAGGAUUUUGAAAGAAGAUUAAUUAAUGACUUUUUUACCCCUCUCUCUCUCUCUCUCUCUCUCUCUCUCUCUCUCUGUGCGAGCAGAGAUGAGACGCUCCAUCAGGGUCUCACCCAGGAAGGGGGAGCGCCGGUCUUGGAUCAGCUUUGAGAGAGACAGAAAGAAAGAUGGGUUCAGAAGAUCUCGGUUAGAACACCAAGCCACUGGAAGUAGUAACAAGGAAGAUCCCAUGCAUGCAUGCCCCAUGGAUCAUCAAUAUCUUACGACUCCUUGGCCGGUCAAAGUGCCCCUUGCCCCUAGAAUCCUACAUUUUUCUAGGGAAUUGCUAGCGGAGAGGGGAUUUGAAUGGCAGAUGAUAGAAGAGGAUUUCAAACAACAUUUAGUUAGCUAGUCAGUUACUUUUAUCCCUCCUUCCCUCUCUCUCUCUCUCUCUCUCUCUCUCUCUCUCUCCGUGCAUCUUCUAGAGCUCAUCGGCACCCUGAGACGCAUCUUUCCUUCCAAUUUCGAUGGUUUCUGGCUUCCUGCAGGGCGAUGAGGAAAGGAGCUGGGAAGAGCGGGCAGGUGCUGAGAAAUGCACCGGAAUAUUGCCAGGUCACCGUCAUCUCUGAAGGAGGAGAGGUGAGAGCAUCAACCACCGACGACUACACGGCGGCGGCGGCACCACCGCCCACACCGCCCACACCGCCGCCUGAGACGGCGAGGAAGGGCGACGACAGUGGCGGAGCCGAGAGGCUCGACGAGCCCAGGAGUAGCGACAUGGCCAUCUGCGUCUGCUUCCCUCGGAAGUUCCUAUGA